UCUCUAUCUCUACGAUUCCACUGGAGAACGAUAGCAUUUAAUAGCAUUUUUUGGGAGAUACAUUAUAUUAUAUUGUUGUUACAGUAGUGGAAAUAGCAUUUUUUCCGGGUUAUAAUUCUGCAUUUUCAUAAAGAAUCAUCGGGGAAUAUUCUCUCUUGAAAAAUGAUUAUUACCUUCAAUAUUCUUUUGAUUUUAUUGAAAAUUUUGACAACUUUUGGGAAUUAUGCUAACGAACAGGAGAUAUAUAUUGAAGCGAAACAAAAUUUCGAUAGAUGGGUUAAUGAACUGGGAAGGUCAUUUAGUGAACUGCAUGGCAUAUCUGGUGAACCAUAUCUGAAAUCGAUUUAUAAGACAUCGAGUUUUGGGGCUCAAGAAAUGAACGAUACUACUGCUACAGCGCUUUUAGACUCAGCUGUUAAAAAAAUUGAAGAUAUUGUCUCUGUGAAAACAAAAAUUGUCGACAAUAUCAAGGCUGCAGCUGAAGAGGCUUAUGUAAAUAGAGCUGAAGAAGAACCAACCGGUUGUUAUUAUAGAGCUAAAGCGUUGACAAUUAUACCACCGUUGAAUGAAACAGAAAACUGCAGUGUAAAAUUUUAUAUCCCGUUGAAACAAAGUCCACUACACGAUAAUGAUUAUGUAUGCUACAAUUUUUCAGUUGCACAUGUUCCAACUAAUGUUUAUGAUUUAUCAAAUAAAUUACAAAGAGUUGGAAAUUGGACAACUGGAUUGGAUGAGGUAUUCAAGUUGAAUGCUAAAUCAGAUCCUACUUUAAAAUGGCAAUACUUUGGAAGUUCCACUGGAUUUUUUAAAUACUAUCCAGGUGCUAUGUGGGAAAUUCAAUUGGAUGAAUAUCGACUGGAUUUUUUCGACUGUCGUUCUCAACCUUGGUAUUUACAAGCAUCUGCUUAUCCUAAAGAAAUGAUUAUUCUUAUCGAUAAAAGUGGUAGUAUGAAAGGACGAAGUGAUAUAAUAUCGAAUGCUACAGCAGCUGAAAUAUUGAAUACUUUAACAGAGAAUGAUUAUUUCAAUGUAAUGCUGUUUUCUGAUAUCACAAUGUACGCUGAUCCAAUGAUAACGGACAGAUUAAUCCAAGCUACUAAGUUUAAUAAAGAUAAAAUGAUUAAAAACUUUCGAAAAUUUAGUCCAAAUGGAACAGCUUCAUAUGAAAAUGCAAUUACAGAGGUGUUCGCGCUAUUCAACAAGACAGAUGAAAAAUUCCCUGCAAAUCGUAAAUGUAAUCGAAUGGUUAUGAUUAUUACUGACAGUGCACCAGGUUCAUAUGAACACCUGUUCAAAGAAUUCAACCCCCAGAAAAAUGUUCGAGUAUUCACCUACCUACUUGGUCAACAUUCAUCAGCUGAAGAAUAUGUCGAAGAACUUGCAUGCGUUAACAGAGGUUACGCGGUGAAUAUAGCUACACUUGCUGAUGUAAAGGAGAAUGUUUUGAAAUAUUUGGAUAUUACUGCACGAUCUAAUGCUUUACAAGAUGACGCGUAUUUCGUAUGGACUGGAGUGGGUGUGCGUCAGUUCAAUUUGAAGAAACUGAAACCUGAAAACUUUUCAAAUCCUUAUAUUAUGACGAUGCCACAGGUUUCAUACAUGACUGGAUUAAUGCAAAAUAUGCUAAUUGAACCAGAUCCUGUUAGAAUUGAUUCCAUGAUUGCAUCAAAAGAACAAUUCCCUAAAAUGUAUACAUCAUUAGCUAAAGCUGUUUUUGAUAAAACUAAGAAAGCGAAACGAUUAAAGGAAGGAAAUCUUCUUGGAGUCGCUGGAAUUGAUGUACCAUUACAAUCAUUUCAAGAUACGCUACGUGGAUGGAAGAUUGGUGUAAAUAAUUAUCUCUUCGCUGUAGACAACAAUGGUUUCAUUCUCUUCCAUCCAAACUAUCGACCAGUUUAUAAAUCACUUUUGAAAAGUUACUAUCAGAAUGUUGAUAUCAAUGAAGUUGAAGUGAUGAAAGAUGUAAAAAUUGAUCCGUGGUCUGGGUCACCGGAUUAUAAUACUACACUACGAAAAGCACUGAUUGACAGAGAAAAGAUAUCCAUGACCAUGGACACAUAUAUUAUAGUUGAUAAUUUUCACACUAUGUUUGAAGCAAGCAGAAGGUAUAUCACUGCACCAAUCAAUGAAACACCAUUCACACUGGGUUUAGCAAUACAUUGGGAUAAAAAUACUCAGAAAGGUUAUGCGAUACCAGAUUAUCGAUUUAAUAAACAAGAUUUGUUUAAAAAUCUUCAAGUCAGUGACUUCAGUUGUCUAGCUCCUAAAUACGGUGAACAGAAUGUCGAUUGUGAUUCACAUGGUAAUAAUAGCCAGAUUGGUGCAACAAUGAUUCCUUAUGAAUUUUGUCAGUUCAACAAUCGGUUAGCAUCGCUAUAUCUAACUGAUCGUUUAUGUGCACUGAGACAAGUACUGCUGAAUUCAUCAUCACUAAUUCAUGCAUUAAAAUGUGAUGAAGAAUACAUUGGUCGAAUAUAUUUAGAUGCAAAAGAAACUCGUGAUCUACCCGAGUACUGGAGGAAGCAAUCAAAAAGCCCAUCAAUUGAAAAAUGGAAGAUACAACAAGCCUUUUCUUUUCAUCAUAGUGGAUUAAUUCGAUUUUACAAUUUCACCUCGCCUGCAUAUUCGAAUUUCAUCAGUGAUCAUAUCGGUGGAGUUGAAGACUCAUUAUAUGCAGAGACUGUUCAAACUAGUCGAUAUUUAGGAGAAGACAAUGUUCUUGUAUUUCAUACCCCACCAAAUGACUUGUUUCGACAUUUCGCGGCUGAAAAGCUACAAGUCCCGGUUACUAUGACAACAACAGUCUAUCAUGAACCAAGUAAAGUUCCAAUGGGUAUAGUUGGCUUACAAAUAACUCAUCAAGGCAUACAAAAUGAAUUUAAUCGUAUUACAAAUACAUGCUUUACAGGGGAAUGUCAUAUUUGUGGUAGUCAUGGAUUUGAUUGUUAUCUAAUUAAUCAAGCAGCAAUGGUUUUAGUCUCAAAAAUAGGAGAGAAAGAGGUAGGACAAAAUUUAAAAGAAAUUAAUUGUGCUCUAGUAGAAGAUUUAGUCAAUCGGUCAAUAUUGAAUGAAACUUACUUGUAUGAUUUCCAGGGAAUAUGCAUUGAAACGAUACAAGAAACUUACAAUUUUGCUAAUCAGUUAUAUCCACCAUUUCAAUUCAUCAAGAAAAUGAUGGUGUGGUUUAUAAAUGAGGCUGUUUUAUACAUGCUUGGUUUCAUAGAUGAUCUUUUGUCCUACAAAAUAGCAAUUGGUCAAAAAUGGGGUUUAUAUUCUGAACCAGAAAAAACCGAUGAAGAAACGUAUAAUUUAUAUCAAACUGGCGUCAAUGGUAAUAAUAAUCCACCACGUGAAGAUUUUCUCAUCCGAAAAAAUCCCAUUUAUUACGGUAUGGAUGAAAACAGCAACAAUAAUGAUAAUAAUAAUAAUAAUAAUCGUAAUCCAUAUCAAGGUAUAUCUGAUCGAUUACCGUAUAACCAUUACCAAUCGAUAAACACAUUAAAUCAAAGACCGUAUUCAAGUAAACCACAAGAAAAUCAACAAAGAGAAAACUUCAGGAUUGAUGAAUCAUACCCAGAUCGAAAUGAAUUGACCAAUAAGAUGAAAACAUCCUUAACGAGUAAUGACUCCUCCUCCUCCUCCUCUUCCUCGCCAACAUCAUGGUCAAUAAAUCAAUCGAAAUUCAAUUCAUUCCCAGAGAUAACAACUACAACACCUGAACCAGAGUUAAGAGAAGAGCCUAUCGAUGAGCUGUACGGCAGAAUUGAUCAAGACCCCUAUGAUGCACAGUUGAGAGCAUUGCAAGAUAUUGAAAAUUGUCGUAAAGCACAAAGUAUUCAUAUACAAACGAUUAUCGAUUCACAAUCAGAGAAUAAUAAUAAUACCAACAAUUAUUUAGAUGAAAGUUUCAAUACUUCAGAAACCUCAUCAUCAACACAUACAACGACGUCAAUCUCAGGUGGGAAUUCAAUGCAUUCAGCAUCAGGACGUAGUGGUGUGGGUGGGGGUGGUGGGAAACCUCCACCAGGUGCACUACUGGCCUGUGUUCAUCGAUCUGUACAACAACGUUGUCAUUCCGGCGCCGGGACUAGUAGUUUCACUGGACGUUAUGCAUGUGAAGCAAUAUGUGAAAGAGUCAGGGAACGUAUCCCACAAUUAGCUAAUCGUUUAGAAGAUUGUAAACAACCGUUGACAUCGUGUACAGAAAGAUUUGUCGCCUAUAAUAUUAUUAUGGAUAAGAGUACUAAGAAAAGCGUGAAUAAUAAUAAUAAUAAUAACAUACCGGUAAAAAGUAGCACUUAUCAUUCAUCAUCACCAGCUGGUAAUCAGCAGAUGGCUAUGGGAAAUGAGCUGACAGGAGAAUAUUGUAAUGAGUGCGGAGGACGACGUUGGUGGCUUAAACAAAUACCGAAAACAAAUUUAUUCUUGUUGAUCACUGUCUCACCACCUGGAUCACAGACAGUUAACUGUAAAUGUCAUUGCCAAAAACGAUAUCGUUACGGUGCAAGAAUAGCUACAGAUCCAUCAAAACCAAGACCGAUAGCAUAUCGACGUAAUCCACCAAUUCCAAGUAAAUGUCGUAUGGUUGACAAUUCAGAAGAGAAUUCAACAAUCUGUACAGAUGGUGUCAGUAAUAUUAAAUCGCAUUCAAAAUUAAUAUUCUUUUCACUAAUUAUAACAAUAUACAUGUAUCUACAGAGAUGAUGAAUUAUUAUUAUUACAAGCGUUACGAUGAUGAUAGGUAAUGACUAAUGACACGAGAGAGUGUGAAUAAACAACCUAUGUACUGAGAAAUAUAUAUAUAUAUAUAUAUAUAU